ACAGGCGGGACAAAGCACUUGUUCAGUUCAGAGGCUGUGAAGGAAACCGUUGUCUCUCCGUCCGCCCGGGACAGCAGCUUAAAGUCGCGGCUUUAACGGUUACAUUAAAAAGCCUCACUUUAUUUUUAAUAUAUCGCGGGACAUUCAUUUCCUGACGGCCGUUUUAUUAUUUUCUCAACUGUUCAAAACUUUAGGAAGAAGGAGAGUUUUGAAAGGAAACGCUCUGACUGUGCUUUCUUUCCCCCUUCCUUGAUCCUCAGUUUGGGACAUCUUUGAGCAAUGUUUGACAAGCAGCACUACGAGAGUCCACCUGUCUACAGUCCUCCCUUCAGUUCGCCAUCCAACAACGGCUAUGGCCCUCCAGGCAGCUUCCAGGGCCCUCAGAGUGAUUACAACGCAUACCCACCUCCACCAGGAUCGUACUACAUUGAGGACAAACCACAGCACUUCUACAAAUGGCUGUCACCUCCGGGGAUCAUCAAAGCCAUGAUGGGUACGGUGAUCGUGCUGUGUGUGGGCAUAUUUGCCUGCGUGGCCUCCACCCUCAUGUGGGACAUGCAGUAUGGAAUGGGAAUGGGAAUGGGGUACGGCAGCAGUGGGUACGGCGGCAGUGGAGGCAGCUACGGCUCAGGAUACGGUGGUGGUUACGGUGGUGGUUACGGAGGUGGUUACGGAGGUGGUUAUGGAGGAGGCUACGGAGGAGGAGGCUACGGCGGUAACUACAUCCAACCUUACUCAGCCAAAACCGCCAUGAUUGCCAUGGCAGCCAUAAAUUUUAUAGGGGCACUGUCUUUCUUCAUCACAAGCUUCUCUAAAUCCAACACGGUCCACACUAGGAAGUUCUUUCUGAUCCUCCUGAUAGCCAGCGUCAUCAUGGCUUUCCUCGAGGGCAUCAUAAGCAUUGUCUACAUCGUCGGGGUGAACCCUAUGGCCCAGGGCACCUCCAACAUGAUGUAUAAUCCCAUGCUGAUGAUGUGCCAGAACCUCUACCAGACCAGCUACUCACAGAUGGGAGGAGUGGGAGGCUUCCCCAUCUACAACCAGUAUCUCUACCAUUACUGCUUCGUGGACCCACAGGAGGGAGUUGCCAUGGUGUGUGGAUUUCUGGUCGUCAUUGCCUUUGGUGUUGCUGCGUUUUUUGCACAUAGAACAAGAGGGAUGAUCUGGCGCUACGGGAAACCAAACAUUUACUGGGAAAAGCCUCUCGUUGGCGGAAAAGCUUCAGAGGGCAGAGACGUAGAGGAAUGGGUGAACAAUGUGGAGGAAAGCCACAGUGUCCAAGACGCCCCUACGCUGCUGGUGUCAGAGAAGGGGGCCGGUCUGCUCAGUGCCUCAGCAAACAGUGUCAUCUCCUACCCCCCCGCCAAGGUGGACAGCAGCUCCUAUAAUGAGGACACCCUCGACAACACAGUGUACUCGGAGAGGACCAUCAGCAGACCAUCUGAGGCGUACUCCCACGGUGGAAGAAUCAGCUCCAGCCCCUCAGAGGAGACCAGCGGGGGCCGCAAACCCUCGGCCAACCGGGGCAAGAGACGCAGACGUAACCCAGAUAUGGACGAGUCGCAGUAUGAGACAGAGUACACCACAGGAGGAGAAACGGGCAAUGAACUGGACGGAGAGGAGUGGGAGAAGUGA